AUGAGUGUUGGAGUUAAUUUUGAAAUCAUUCAAACCAAAGAUUUAUUGGUUGGAACAUUAAAAUAUGGUGAAGUUUCUUUAGUUUUUAGAAAUGAUUCUAGCUUUAAACAAUUUACAUUAUUUAACAUUUUUUCUACAGCAUUCUUAAAUGAAAAGAAAUGUAACCAAGUAAUCAAAAGACUUCAAUCAAUCAAACAUGUCAAUUCUCUUCCACUCCUUCAUAUUGACACUAUUUAUCAAACAGAACAUCAAAUUUUUAUUCUCUGCAAUAACUCUUUUUCUUUUGAAGAUAGAAUGACUAAUAAGAUCACUUCAGAUGAAGCACGUUAUUUCUUAGCAGAUUUUCGUUAUAUUCUUCAAGUCAUUAAUAUACUUCCUGCACAUGUAUCUUCUCAAUCCUUAGUUUUCAUGCAAGAUUCUAUUUCAACCUGUUUUAAAUCUCGUUGUGAUGACCCAUCAUCUCCUAUUCCUCAUUUAUUACUUUCUCCAUUGGCAUUUGUCUUACCAAUGACUAUUUUUCCAAAUAUGACUAUUACUAAAACCACUCCUUCUAUUUUUUCAUUAAUAAAUGAUAUUGUAUCUAAAGUGAUUCCUCAAGAUGAAUCAGAUAUUUAUUUUAUUGGUCAAAUCAUGAAAUUUAUUCAAAGUGAAAAGUCAAUUUCUCUUGAAGAUUUAAGUAAUUCUGAAUUCUUUUUUCAGUGUUACGAGUUUCAACAAUUACCCCAUGGGUCUUUAGAUAAUUAUACCCCUCUUGAGUUUAUUGGUAAUGGGGCUUGUGGAUUAGUUCUUAAAGUUGAACGUGAUGGAGUCAUAUAUGCUAUGAAACAAUCAUCUAGGGGUGAUAUUCUUCAAAGAGAAGCUCGAGCAAUGAAAUUAUUAAAUCAUCCUAAUUUGAUGUCAUUAGUAGAUUAUAUUGAGUCAUCUGAGUCUUUUGUUUCUAGGAUUGGAAUUAAGACUAAUAGAAGUAAGAAAUAUUAUUACCUUGUAAUGGAGUAUUGUAAUUUUGGUACUCUUGCUCAAUACAUAAACACUCAUGAGUUAAAAGAAGAGGAUAUUGUUUAUUUUAUUUCUCAAAUCAAUGAUGGAUUAAAGUAUUUGUUAUAUAAAAAGAUGAUGGUUCAUAGAGAUAUUAAAUUGGAUAAUAUCUUAUUAACUCUUAUCCCUGGAUCAAAGGCAGAGUUUCCUUUUAAUCUUCAAGUUAAACUAGCUGAUUAUGGGUUUUGUCGUGCUAUUAAUAGUGGGAUUGAACAUGUUAAAGUUGGAACCCCAUUAUACUUAGGUCCAGAGAUUUACAAUAACUCUAGUCCAUCGUUAAAGAGUGAUUUAUAUUCUGUUGGUGUAAUGCUUUUUAGGAUGGUUUGUGGGUGUUUUCCUAAUGAAACUAAUACUUCACAAACUUUAACAAAUGAGAAUCCUAAUGUAGUAUUCCCUCAAGAAGUCAACAACAACAUUCACUUAAGUUUAUUAAGGAAUCUUAUUUCACGUCUAAUUCAAAAAGAGUCUAUAAGAAUCGAUUGGAAUAGUUAUUUCAAUCACCCAUUUUUUGUUCAUUGUUAA